GAAGAAAAAGAGAGAGAAUAUGAAGAAAAGAAAGCUGAGAUGAAAAGAUAUUAUGAUCAACUAGAACAAGAGAGAAAAGCGGAGUGGGAGAGAAGAAAACAAGAAGAUGAUGAGAGACGAGAAGUAGAGAGAAAGAGAUGGAAGAAAAUGAUUGAAGAUCUGAAACAAGAGCAAGAAGAAGAGAUCAAGAGAAGAGAAAGAGAGGAGAAGGAGAGAAAAGAAAGAGAAGAUAAAGACAGAAAUGAAAUGAAACAGAAACAUGAAGAAGAAAUAAAAGUCAUGAAGAAGAAACAUGAAGAUGAAGCCAGAAAACAAGCAGAAGAACUGAAUGAUUUCAGAGAGAGAAAAGAACGGCACGUUAAGGAGCUCAAAGAGAAGCUAGAAGAUGCUCAGAAAAAUUAUGAAACACUGGAGAAAGUCUAUGAACAACUGAAACAACAGAAAACACCACCAUGUUUACUAAAACAACUUGGAGAGCUGAUGAAGAUUGCAAAAACUGCAACACAGUGUGUUAUUCAGUGAUCACAACACCUCAAAUGAAAAUUAAUGUCAAUUUAAUAAACAUAUCUUUCAUGAUUAACUGCUUUGAUCAUCCACAUUAGAUAUAUUUCAGUAAUCUGAUACUUACAUGCAGUGUUGGGCUUGUUACUCAAAAAUCAUUCAAUUAAUUAAUUAAUUAAAAAAUUGAAUAUAUUACUCAUUAAUUUUUCAUAACACCCCCCAAAAUUGAUAAUUGCAUCAUUUUUGUAGCCUGUGAAUCCAUGAAAGUUACAAAUAAAUUAAGAGUACAAAUGGCUCAAACUGAUGACAAGCCACAUUUAUUUAAACAACUUCUUUUAUUUACUAAAUCUGCAACAAGGCACAAGCAGGUAUAACCAACCAAACAUGUUGGCAGAACGAAAAAGGGGCCAACAAGCACCAGCACAUUUAAUCUGAUAAUGAAAUAAGUUUAUACAGUAGAAUGCUAUGUAUAUAUCUGGCAACAACAAUAGAACGUGGUCUUUGAAUGGUUCACUUAAAUAUUGACCUAAAAAUAUUACAGUAGACAAAUAAAACAGUAGGUGCACAGCAAAAAUUAAGUUAAAUUCAAGUACAAUAAGUAAUAGGCUAUUUGCAUUCAUGUUUAAUUUUACACUUUUUUUUUUAGACUAUUGCCAGUUGUAUACUGCUCAUAUCUGAAGUGGUGAAUAUAUCUCAUCAGGAGAAGCUUUUCAAACAUUUUAUCGGACAGACUGUUUCUUCUGGGUGUCAGAACCAAUUUCCCUAAGCUAAACAGUCUGGAUGGAGUGGGGGUGUUGUAUUUCAUAAUUUUUUUUUUAUUAUUAUUAUUUUAUCCUUGAGUACUGAUUGAGGGUCUCAAUCUCAUGUCCUGCCCUCAAAUAGUCCAUCACUUCUUUGUCUGCGGAGUAAACAUGCUCUGAUUCUGUUGCUAAUGGAAAAAAUAAAUUUUCACUAGUCAAGUCAUCUUCAUUUAUAUAGCGCUUUUCACAAUACAGAUUGUUUCA